AUGGUAGGUUACAUGAGAUGUAACGUCUCGCCCUACAUACCGAAUCCUCUACGAUGUCGUAACUGCCAGAGAUACGGCCAUCAUGAGGACAGAUGCAGGCGAAGGGAGGUUUGCGAACACUGCGGACGAGAGGGCCAUAACGACACGGAUAGCUGUGAUAUUACCGGCAAACGAUGUCCAAAUUGCAAGGGCAACCACGCGGCGUCAUCUCGAGACUGUCUUUCCUGGAAGAAGGAAAGGGAAGUUCUGCGGGUAAAGUAUACCCGUAACAUUUCCUUCCCUGACGCCAGGAGGGUGGUCGAGAGUAAUGACCCCGCUGCGUUGUCAUAUGCAUUUGUAACAAAAUCAAAAACGCAACAAAACACAAUCACUGUUAGCGAUGCAAAGGUACAAGCCUACUUUGACAAGCCAGUUUUCGGUGCGGAGGUACCACCUUUGAUGGACGAAAGGAAUGACAAUAUUCUUUUCGGCUUGGCAUCCCGUUUCAAGUCAGGAAGGGUAGCGUCUAAGACCACCUCAACAUCAGUUAGACCUUCCAAGCCUGACGAAACGGCAGUUAUCAAGACCAAUAUGCCAGCACCUCCAGCACAUACACCUGUACGCCAUGUAACUCAAACAUCGAAGCCAAGGGUCACCCACCACAGACGGACUGUAUCACAGCCGUCAGACCUUAACAAGAUUGCUGGUAACACCAAUAAACGACCAGCAACCACACCACCUCAAGACCAACAAAAACCGAAGGUAAAACUACACAGAUUACCUUCCUUAAACAACACAAAGCCCAGCAAAGGCUCAAAUGACCCUAUCCAUGGUCAUAACAGGUACGACGUUCUUGCGGACGACAGUGAGUUUGGUAACAGCAAUGCUGCUGUUACCAGACAACCUACACCAAGUAGUCCUGUCAGUCCAAAGAGCGUCCAUCACGAACCUGGAUAG